UUUCUCCCAACAGCUUAAGAAUGUACUAAUUCAAGAAUUUUAAAAUACAGUGGACUAGCAUAACAACUGUCUAUGUGCUUCCCAUGAUAUGUUCUCUGUAUUAAAAAAUUAUGACAUCAGCAUCCAAAGGAAUUCUCCGCCCAUUUCUAAUUGUCUGCGUUAUUCUGGGCUGCUUUAUGGCAUGUCUUCUCAUUUACAUCAAGCCCACCAACAGCUGGAUCUUCAGUCCAAUGGAGUCAACCAGCUCAGUGCUGAAAAUGAAAAAUUUCUUCACCACCAAAACGGACUGUUUCAAUGAAACUACUAUUCUGAUUUGGGUAUGGCCAUUUGGGCAGACCUUUGACCUUACCUCCUGCCAAGCAAUGUUCAACAUCCAAGGAUGCCAUCUCACGACAGACCGCUCCCUUUACAACAAAUCUCACGCAGUCCUGAUCCAUCACCGAGACAUCAGUUGGGACCUGACCAAUUUACCUCAGCAGGCUAGGCCACCCUUCCAGAAAUGGAUUUGGAUGAAUUUGGAAUCACCAACUCACACGCCCCAGAAGAGUGGCAUUGAGCACCUAUUCAAUCUCACUCUGACUUACCGCCGCGACUCAGAUAUCCAAGUGCCUUAUGGCUUCUUGACGGUGAGCACAAACCCCUUCGUGUUUGAAGUGCCAAGCAAAGAGAAGUUAGUGUGCUGGGUUGUAAGUAACUGGAACCCUGAGCACGCCAGGGUCAAGUAUUACAAUGAGCUAAGCAAAAACAUUGAAAUCCAUACCUAUGGGCAAGCAUUUGGAGAGUAUGUGAAUGAUAAAAAUUUGAUUCCUACCAUAUCUACUUGCAAAUUUUACCUUUCCUUUGAAAACUCAAUCCACAAAGAUUACAUCACAGAAAAGCUCUACAAUGCUUUUCUGGCUGGCUCUGUACCUGUUGUUCUGGGGCCAUCUAGGGAAAACUAUGAAAAUUAUAUUCCAGCAGAUUCAUUCAUUCAUGUGGAAGAUUAUAACUCUCCAAGUGAGCUAGCAAAGUAUCUGAAGGAAGUCGACAAAAACAAUAAGCUAUACCUUAGUUACUUUAACUGGAGGAAAGAUUUCACAGUAAAUCUUCCACGGUUUUGGGAGUCACAUGCGUGCUCGGCUUGUGAUCAUGUGAAAAGGCAUCAAGAAUAUAAGUCUGUUGGUAAUUUAGAGAAAUGGUUUUGGAAUUAGAGCUUUCCAGCAUUUGCCCACCUGGCAAAUUAUUUUGAUGAAAUUAUCAUUCAGGUUUUGAGGAUGGAAAGAGAGACAACAUUCUGCUUUACUGUCACAAUUUAUUUUGAUCACUCUCUCUGGUAACAUAUAUUUUGAUGAAGAUUUUUAAGAGCUCGCAUUAGCAAUCACUGCAUUUGGUUUUAAAUUAUCCUGUAUAUACCUAAUUAUGUGCACUGAAAAAUAAUUUAUUCUUUGCUAUCAUUUGUAAACAUUGUGUUUUCACAUCUUUGUAGUUGUUCCUUAAUGUAAGUUUGUGAUACGAUUACUGUUUAUACAUUGAUCGUCUGUUUAAUCUGUUUGGGAAAUGAAAAUGCACAUCUUAAAACAUGAAACAUUUUCAUUAAAUAUUAUAAUCUCUAGGUCCAAGUUUGCAUAAUGUAACAAAUGAGAAGUAUUUGUAAUUGAAUUCUAACCUCUUUGACUUCGAAGUUGAACAGUGUGUGUUAACUGUCUCUGUUUGAUCUGACUUUAUCUGUUUACCAUGUUUGUGAAGGCAGAAAUAUUCAGGCAAUGAAUAAGAAAGACAGGGAAGCAGAACUGUUCUGUUCAGGAAACUAUUAGGCAUCCCAUAUAUUUUCAUUAAGCUGACUGGCAAAUGCAGCCACUGUUCUCAUGAUUUUAAGUUAAAUUACUCAAGUAUUCUUAAAUAUCUAAUUUGGGGGGAUUUUUAGUACCUAGGAAAUAAUCCUAAUACUACUUAAGAAAAUAGAAGACAGUUGUCUUUUUGAUCCUGAUAACACAUCAUUAUAAUAAAAAAUAAUUUCCUCAAAUGACAAAAGGAUAUGUAUAGAUUAAAUUGCAUUUAUAAAUGGCACAUAGAUGUAUAGUUUUU